AUGAGAGGCUUAAGUUUUAAUAAUUUUUUAAAUCAAGUUAAGAAAGAAUUAACAACAGCAGAAAAUUCAUGGCUAGAUGCGUGGUUUAAAAUAAUUAAAAAUAAACCAACACCAUUAGCACGGAAUUUUUUAAUAGAGGUAGAUAGAAAUGAGAUGUAUGACUACAUCUGUAAGUCAAGAGAAAAAGAGUUAGAAAACUUAUGGGACAUGAAGGACAAAGAAAUCAAUAGUGAAACUUUCCAUCAUAUAUCACGGAAAACAGCAACUACUAAGCCGAUUAUUCCCAAUUGGAUUUCCAAUGAAGGAUUAGACUACGAUGAGCAAACAUGGAAAAAAUUUUGGACUACCUUAUACAGCUUCCAAAGUUCACCCUUAGGAAUAUUGCAACAAUUUCAUUUGUUUCUAUUAGGAUUCCUUCAUCAAGAACCAUACUACAGCUAUGGAUCACAUAAUCCCUGUAAUUUUUGUGCACAAGAAAAUGCUGACAAUUGUUUACAUCAUCUUUUCUCAUGUGAUGCAUUUCUUACAAUGUGGGAUACUAUGGGGAUUCAACCAAGAGCACUUACAAGUAUAAUAUGCAAUGACAAAUUAAAAAGACAAGAUUAUUUCAGGAUCAAUAAAUACAUUACACAGGUGAUGAGUAAGGUGCGACGACGACGGCAGAUUUCUGGUUUGGAGUCGAUUAAUCAAAAUGAAGAUCCUGAAGAUCAUUAA